CCGGGAAUUGGGUCCAAGAAGUAUGACGAAAACAUAUCCCAAGUUAGACGAAUUGAAUGUUAUUAUCCUCCCCUGAAUCCAUAACGUCAUGAUUCCAUAGUGAAAUUUUCCGGGCGUCUAAUGCACGCCUCUGCUCUCUUCCAUCAACAGCUUUCCGUCGUGAUGGAAAACCUGAACAACAUCAAGUUGAGAAAUUCCUCAAACGCACAAGAUGGACAAGCGAAGCCGGAGCGUUCAUGCGAAGACACAAAGCCACCUCUUGACAUUUUCGCGCUGAUUAUCGGUAUCAACUCAUACAAAUGUGUUCCAAAACUAGGAGGAGCUGUUCCUGACGCCGAUAAAUUCGAAACUUUCUUGCGCACUCAGUUGGGGAUUCCUCCUGACGGUAUCAAAAACCUCCGCGAUGAGCAAGCAACAAGAUCAGCUGUCAUCAGGGAAUUGAUGGCACUCAAGGACAAUACACGAAUCGUCAAGAAUAAAACAGCGAUUAUUAUAUACUAUGCGGGACAUGGCGCCAGGGCUGAAAGGCCGGCCCACCCAGACUGGACAGAUUGGCGGACUGCUGAUGGAAAUAUCGAGCUUCUGUGUCCCGUAGACACCGAAAUGACGUUGCCUACUGAAGCCGGAAGUGCAAAAGUAGAAGCAAUCCCUGAUCGGACGAUUAGUUGCCUUCUCCGAAACCUGUCGAGUACGAAAGGGAAUAACAUUACAUUGAUACUUGACUGUUGCCAUUCUGCCGGUUUGAAUCGAGAUCCAAAUGGAAGAACGCGUGGGCUUGACAAACUCCUCACAGUUUCUGCGAAAUGCGACUCUGAUAUCGUCUCUCUUGAGUCUCAGCGCUCCAUGAGAGAUACAUUCUCGGACGUCAGCUCGGAAGCCCACGAAGGGUUUUGCACGUCAUGGGAUUCUCACGUACUCCUGGCAGCAUGCAGCCGUAGUCAGUCUGCGAUGGAGAAGAAUAACGAAGGUAUUUUUACGAGUGCUUUACUCAAGGCUAUGAAAAAAGUACCCGUUGUUGGUCUGACAUACAAGUCGCUUAUGGAUCACCUCGACAUACCCGCAGACUACGAGCAGACCCCACACUUAGAUGGGAAGCAUAUCAAUCGGCGCCUAUUCUCGCUUUCUGGGGAAGCAACGUCCUGCUCUAUGACUCGCUGCGAUAGCCUGAAGCACGUAGAUGGGCAAUAUAGUUUGUCUCUCCGUGCCGGAUUCAUUCAGGGAGUCACUUGCGGUUCUAUUUACGAUAUCUAUGACACCGAUCUGCCCAAAUCGGCUCCAUUGGCAACUGCAGUCGUUUCUGUAGGUCAGAGAGCCUCUUCAAGCUGUCUUCUCCUUUCACCCAAGGAAAGGAGUUUCUUCCGAAAUUCCGGGGCUGGUUUGUGGUAUGCACGAUUAUCAGUGACUUCUGGUUACGAGUUGUUCGCCUAUUGCAAUAAUCCAAUCCUACAUCAAACUUUUAGCCAAGACCCGGAUGGCGGAACGAACCUCAGAUAUCCUUUUCACCUUACUGAUCUCCGAGACAACGCAGAUAUUUGCUUGGAGGUGGACGGAACCAACUUGGUUUCGUUUGGUCGAGGGGAGACGAACAGCUUUUUCAAAAGAGAGAAGGUCGGCUCCUACUUCGGUCCCGUGAAGCAAAAUCAUAUUUUCAAAAAAUUUCCAAACUUUCCCUCCCUCUUUUCAUAUAAACCUCUCGCCAGCGACGUCGACGAAAUCAGGAAUUUUCUUGACGCCUAUGCGCAUUUUACUUACCACAUUACCAUGCAAAGUUCAAAGGACAUACAAGAUCUCGUGUCUAUAGAAAUGCACAGACUCAAACGGGAGAUGAACAACGGUCUAAGAAUCGUCGGAGACCCAGGUGAUCUGCUUUCCGUUCUGGCAACCGAUGGCUUCGUUACGAUUACUGUUGCUACGGAGUCCCUCGAUUAUGCACGCAACAGCAACGAUGCUCCCAGAUAUGGCUUCACCAUCCGGAAUAGAUCCGAUAGGAAAUUGUACCCACAUAUCCUCUUUUUCGACGCAUCCACCCUCGAGAUAGAUGUCAUGUACACAAAUAUGACCUCGAACAGAGAGAAAAUGUGGCAACCUAGCAGAACCGAGAAAUUUGAUGUCGACACUUGUCUCGAAGCGAACUCAGAGGUUACUUUUGGCCUCGCCAAUGGCAUGGUGCGGCCCCUGUUGUUCAGCAUACCACCAGGACAGGAGGUAGAUAUCAGUUUCAUCAAGAUUUUCGUGACCACGGAGCCAGUGGAUCUGCGAAGCAUCUUACAGCCCUCCAUUGAGGAAGGCAUUCAGCGGGGCGCCAUGUUAAGAUAUGUAUGCGACUACAUUGAGGAAUGGGCCUCAAUGACCAUCCCUUUGGUUCUGGUCAAACAAAAACCGAGUCUGUCUGAUGAUGGCAGGUCAGAUGGAUCGGCGAGCGAUAGCUAGUCUAGGCUUAUCGUCAAGAUAUCGUC